UCAAACACAAUUACAAAUUGUCACAGCAAAAGUCGUGAAAUCGAGUUUGCCCUUCGUUUUUAUUUUUGUUAAUUAUUUUAUUACUCGGUCUUCAGUAGGCCACUUGUUAUUCGUGUAUACUCAUUGCUGUAUAUUCAAUGUAAAACCGCAAAAAAUCUCAUUGUUAGUAAUCUCAAAGAUAUUAAAUAUUGAACUUGGCGAACUGUGUUUACCAUUCCGCGGCAAAAUGUGCGAUAGAACUUUCCAAACAAAUAAAAGGAUCGGCGUCUGGAUAUCAGAUAAGAAGAGCCAGAAAUUGAAUUGGAAAGAACUUAUAAAAUCUUGUAAGACUCAUGGAUAUACACUGAUAAAGAUGGAUCUGGAUCGCCCUUUAGAAGAGCAAGAGCGGAUUGAUGUGUUUCUGCACAAGUUGACUGACAUCCUGGCUGCGGCUGACCAAGGUGAUCAAAAGGCAAGGAAUAUCAUCAGCCAUGUGGAACAGUACUUGUCGAACCAUCCCAAUAUUACUGUCAUUGAUCCAUUGGAUAAUGUCAGAAUACUUUUGAACAGAUACAGCUACUACACAAUCUUAGACAACGAGCCGACAUUUAAAAAGAAUGGCAUCUUCACUCCUACUUUUGCGGAGUUCACCACAAACAAUAUUGCAGCCAACAUCGAGAUACUAAGGCAACGAGGUGUUCGGUUCCCUAUAAUCUGCAAGCCGUCGGUAGCCCAUGGCUCUAAACUAGCUCACGAGAUGAUAGCAAUAUUCAAUGAGAGGGGUCUUCGGGUGUGUAAACCACCGUGUGUGGUGCAAAGUUUCGUGAACCACAAUGCCGUACUACAUAAGGUGUUCGUCGUUGGGAACAGGUAUCACAUCUGCAAGCGACCAAGCCUGAAAAACUUCUAUCCGUCUGAGGAUCUCGACCCCAUAUUCUACAGCACAGGAGAGGUAUGUAAAGCAGAUAGCCAAUCAACACUGUCCAUUCUAGACCCCCACGAUCAGUCCGAUUGUAAAACGAAGCUUAACGAAGAGAAAAUCAGGCAUAUAAUACGAGUGCUGCAAACGGAAAUUGGUUUACUGCUGGCUGGUUUUGACGUUGUGAUCGAUAAUGUGACGGGGGAUCAUGCGGUGAUCGAUAUAAAUGUGUAUCCGAGUUACGACAACUUUCCGAACUUUUUUGAGCAUUUACUGGACUGCAUAGAUUCUACAGUGAAUCGACGAAACGGCGACGGAAACAUUCAUGAGGUUUCGAACGUUUACGAUGAUUUCGUCCGGAAUCACAGGCCUAAUGGAUUGAUAAAUGUGGGGAUGCCGUUGAACAAGUGCGAUGUGAUAGGCAUGAAUAUUAAUUGAUUAGGGAUGUUUGUACCAAAUUAUUAUAAUAUUACUGGUACUUAUGGUCGUAAGGUUAUAUUUUUAUGAUAUUUAUUUAACUGAUAUUAAUCAUAGUUGCAUUCCAUGUUUACUUAAAAAUGGCUAAAUGUAUCAGUGUGUAUAGUUUCGUUUUUCAGUAAUAUACCUAAUCAAAGCGUGUUGUAAAGCUUCAAUUAAAUUGAUAUGCGCAUUACAUAAAAGAAAUUGGCUGUGGCCAUCUAUAAUUAUAAACAAUCCUUGAAAUUAAUAAUAUGCUAUAAAAUAUGCACUAUAUUAUAUAGACUUUUAGUUUUACAUAGUAAUAAGUAUAAUAACUUUUUUAUAAAUUGUUGAUAAAGUUAAACCAAGUUACAUAUUGUGCACUUAACUUCUUAAUACUUAUACAUGUUUAUAAAUACUUCCUCAAAUAAGAGGACAUAUUUGAUAGCAUAAAGACUGAUGGAUGUAAAAAACUAAAAUUUUGAUUGGCCCAUUGAUUUAGCAUAUAGUUUGAAAGGCCAAAUUAGCUUAUUUUUAAAGUUGGAAAGUUACGUUAUGGAUGUUAUGACUAAAUUUUUAAAUGAAAUGAUGAUUAUGUAUCUAUCGGAAUCUCAUAUUGAGAGAAUCUUUUGAUAUUAUGGUAUCGUUAUUUACAAUCAUAUUUCUCAUGACGAGUCUGGAUUGAUGAAUCGAUUGCAUGAUGGAGCUGAAGGUAUCACGUUUACCUACAUGAUAAGAGUAUGGUUGGCUCACUCGCAUGUAAAUAGGCAAUCGUCCCAUUCCUCUGGUUUGCUGUUAUUGAUUGAUAGAGCCAAUGCAAUAUUUGUAAGCAAUAACCAUUUUGUUGGUGAAAAUUCUGUUAUUUUUUUCUCUGUAUAUUUUAUUUUUAAACUGUAUACAUAAGUAUGUAUCAAAUUAUUCUACUACUACAGACAUCAAUUUGUUCGAUAAUUUUGAUUCCGCUAACUAGGUUCUUACUUAUUAGAUUUUUGUUACGUUUAGCUUAGAUAUUAUGAACUGUAAAAUUUUAUCCAGGUAGAACAGACACUAUAAGUGCCAAUUGAAACACCAAUUAGAUAGUUUUACACUGCCAAUAUAUAAAAUAAUUAUAUUAUAAGAGCCUAUUUCUAUAA